CUCGAAAGGAAGCUAACGCUGUUAGCUAGCAACAGAGUGCAUAGCCUCUGGCGGCUUGCUGUGAAUUGACUGAAGAGGUGACGCUGUGUUGUUAGCCUCGGGCGUGUAUGUCCAGUUGGACAGUUAUUUCUUUGGCAUUCCAUCAUAUAAUAAUCAUGCCAUUAAUCUUGUGGUUUAACCUCUAUGUGUGUCUUUAAAAGGUGUAAAUGCCAAUGGUUGUUUUGAACGUGAAACCACAUAUGACACGUUAGCCGCAAAUGCUAAAUAACAAUUAGCUGUGUUGAAAUCAUAUUGUUUGGUACAGACGUGCAUUAAUUUAAUAUUUGGUGAACAGUAAUGCUUUGAAUCGCAAAGAAGUUCGCCCAAGGUGCCCAAUAUGAGUGAAUUGAGCACCUUAAAUUUGUCUUAUUUAUUUGAUUUAGGGUAAGGGUUAUUUUAGUAAAAGGUUUAGGGUAACCCCUCACCAUUUACCACUAUUUUAAUUAUUUUUAUUUCAUUGUAAUUAUAAAUGUUUAUUUAAAUAUAUAUAUAAAUCAUAAAUUUGAAUUCAUAUAUUAUUUUUUUUAAUGUCACAAGCAAGACUGAGCCAGCUGUGAAUGCUUAUAAGUUGGGGGGGCCACAGAAGCACCCGCUGCUCAUUGAGAAGAGCGAUCCGUGCUUCCAUUUUAGUCUCCUAAAGUGUCCAAUAAGACCAGAAAAACAUGCCAGAUGUGUUGCUAGAAGAGCUAGGGGAGGUCUGAAUUACUCAGUUGGCAAGGCUGACCUCUCCUGCUGCGUCGUCUUAUUCUCUGGCAGACCAGGUGCGUGUGCGUGUGUUACGAAGCAGAGUUGUGGUGCCAUCUACUGUACGGAGUUGUAACAACAUGCUACAGUCGCAGACAGUCCCAUCAUAAUGGGUGUAUGAGCUAUGGUGAACAGGUGGCACCAAAUGUAUUUGUGGCAAGCCGUGUUUGAGGAAACACUGAUGAUGCCUUGGGGGCGAGGAAGGAAAUGAGCCAGCCGAGCGUCCGCCUUUGGACGCCCAAACACGUGGCCAAGUGGCUGAAGGAGGAGGGCUUCUGCGACUAUGUAGACCUACUGUGUUACAAGCACCGCCUGGAUGGCACCAGCCUGCUGGCCCUCAGCGAGUACGACCUCCGCUCCCCGCCUCUGGAGCUCAAGGUGCUGGGCGACAUCAAGCGCCUCAUGGUGUCCAUCCGCAAACUCCAGAAGGAGAACCUGGACGUGCUGCAGGAGCUGGGCCUCCCCUUCGACGGACACUCCCCGACGGGCGCAGGGGGCAACUCGGACUGGUUGUGCAACGGCGAGCCCAGGAGGGACUGCGACAGCACGGACACGGCGCCGGUAGGCGAGGAGUACCAGCAGUACACCAACGGGAAGUACAAGCAGCAAGCCAGGAGGCUGGAUCCUGAGUACUGGAAGACGGUGCUCAGCUCCGUCUAUGUGGUCUUUGUAUUUGGAUUCACCUCCUUCGUCAUGGUCAUCGUGCACGAGAGGGUCCCUGACAUGCGCACCUACCCGCCCUUACCGGAUAUCUUCCUGGACAGUGUGCCUAGAAUCCCGUGGGCCUUCGCCAUGGCAGAAGCAUGUGGUGUGAUCCUGUGCAACAUCUGGCUACUGGUUCUCCUCCUACACAAACAUAGGUCAAUUCUUCUACGCCGCAUGUGCAGCCUCAUGGGCACCGUGUUCAUGCUGCGCUGCGUCACCAUGUUUGUCACCUCCCUCUCUGUUCCAGGACAACACCUGCAGUGUUCCGGAAAGAUUUACGGGGACAUGUGGGCCAAGCUGCAGCGAGCUGUGGCCAUCUGGAGCGGCUUCGGGAUGACGCUGACGGGCGUUCACACGUGCGGCGACUACAUGUUCAGCGGACACACCGUCGUCCUCACCAUGCUCAACUUUUUUGUCACGGAGUACACGCCACGGAGCUGGAACUUCAUCCACACGCUGUCGUGGGUGCUCAACCUUUUCGGCAUUUUCUUCAUCCUGGCAGCGCACGAGCACUACUCCAUUGACGUCUUCAUCGCCUUCUACAUCACCACCAGACUAUUCCUGUACUACCACACGCUGGCCAACACGCGCGCCUACCAGCAGAGUCGACGUGCUCGCAUCUGGUUCCCAAUGUUCUCCUUCUUUGAGUGCAACGUCAACGGGCCCGUGCCCAACGAGUACUGCUGGCCCUUCUCCCGGCCUGCCGUCUUGAGGAUGCUGAUUGGGUAGCAAGUCACUGCAUCCUGUGAUCACUUUGAAGACUGACAUGAGCCUAUUAGCAGCAAGGCUUGAUGGCAAUCCUUCUCCCCAGUUGCUGUUUUUCAAAAAAAUGCAUAUUUUAAAGCGCCACAAUCGCCUUUUUCCUUGCCGGAUUUGUAGAGUACGAAAUCCACCAAAAAAAAAAAAGUUGUUCUCCCGUUGUCUUAAAUAUGAUUCCAUUUGCCAAUUACAUGUACAAAUGUCCCAUUCUUGCCACAUUUGAUGAUAAAAAUGACUUUUCUACCAACAUCAAUGAACUUUCCACAGCAUUAAUGACAGCACAUUAUUCUGUAUUAAGUUAUUUAAAAGUUUUUGUGUUUGUUGAUGUUAAUUUAUUUCAUACUUGUACGUUGAGGUAUUUUUGUACUUGAAGCAGCAACAUGCACACUAAAAUAUGUUUACAGUUGCUCAAAAGGACGCACUACGUGCUUUCAUUUUUAUUUUUUUAAGUGGAAUGAUUGAUUUGUUGGCCUCAGAGUGAAAGUUGCCUCCUACAGCCGUAGUUAAAAGUGUAACAAACAUAUACAACUAAAUGAAACCACUUUUCAUGCCUCAUUAAGCCAUUUCCAUCAUAAAA